CACUGCUUUGACUGCUUGUUCUGUUGUACCGCUGCGUUCGGCAGCGUAGUUAUUUCCUUAAUCCGUCAUCUGCUGUUAACAUGAUAGUAUACGCUGCAGCAACACGUGGCGAGCAUGUCCCACGUCCUUGACUGUGGAACAAAGAGAAGCAAGUUACCGUGGAAUAUUGCAUCAUUAUUCGUAGCGCGGAAAGUUCUUACCGGUGACAACUGAAGCACCCGUAUUCUGCGGUGGAUACACGCAGUUUGCGCAGUUUUUCACUGCAUUGACCAUGGCGGUGUCACAACAGCCUACAGACCUUCACAAAUGGAUGUCAACGGGUUCUCUUUUCCUCCCCUAUGGAACAGCCGAAGACUAUGCUCAAGAGGAAGAAACCAUCAGCGACCAAGCAUGCAACAUGGUCAACGCGGAUUCCCUCGACUUGGAAACGUUCAAAAUCAACGAGGGUAUGAGAAAAUACAGGGAUGCCUUGAAGGUUUUACUACCUGUCAGGCCGCAUCAAAAAGACAAACUAGCAAUGCCAUCACAUAAAGCAGGGUUAUUUUCUUACAUAACCCUCACUUGGAUCACAAAGCUGAUGUGGAAAGCUUAUCGACAAGGAAUUCAUCACGAGGAUCUGUGGCAGGUUGCUCCUACUGACACGGCGGAGCUGAAUGUGAAGAGGCUGGAGCGCCUCUGGAAAGAUGAGCAAUUGAUCCACGGGGAAAAGGCCCAGUUUUGGGCAGCUGUGACGAAGUUUUGCCGAACGCGAGGGAUUAUAGCUGGCUUAUUAAUAUGCAUGGGAAUGACAUUUCAGUUUCUAGGCCCUUCUGUGCUGCUUCGACAUAUCUUGCUGUUCCUCGACGAUCGCAGUGCAGGAGUUGGUCAAGGUGUGCUGUUGGCAGCGCUCCUUGUGGCCACACAGCUAAUGAGGUCCGGAUGCAUGAGCAUGGCAUGGGUCACUAGCGCUCACACAGCUGUCAGAGUGCAAAGUGCCAUCCAGCUGCUUUUUUACAGAAGAAUGUUAAAAGUGCACAUAGACGAUAAAGUAUCUGCGCAGGUCAUCAAUCACGUGACAAAUGAUAUGGAGAGGAUCUUUGACGCCGCUAUGAAUGGCAUACUUGUUCUCGGCACACCGGUGAUGUUCGUUCUAACCCUGGGUUACAGCUGCUCCUUAAUAGGACCUUGGGCACUUGUGGGAAAUGUAGUCAUAUUAUUAUUCUAUCCCAUUAUGGGCGGCAUCGCUGCAGUCAUUGCGGGACUCCGCAGGCAAGUGGUGAAGAAGGCGGACGAGCGUGUUCAUCUCAUGACAGAAAUAAUCAACAACGUCAGACUGAUCAAAAUGUGCGCCUGGGAGGACCCGUUCAGUGCCAACAUAAAACGUGUCCGAAGCGAGGAGAAACGCAUACUGGUGAAAGGAAACUUUCUUCAGUCUCUAUCAGUAACUGCAACUCCCAUCAUCAUGAUAAUGGCGACGGUGACCACCCUCGUGGGAUACACACUGAGCGGGAACACCCUGUCCGCUUCGGAUGCUUUCACAAUUUUUGCCCUCUUCAAUGGCAUGGGUUUCUCUAUCGGCACGUUGCCCUAUGCCAUACGGGCCAUGACAGAGGCAAAGGUUGCACUUCAACGAAUGCAGGAGCUGCUCGAGAUCAACGACGCUCACAUGUGGUCCAAAAAAGUGAUUGAUGACAAGGACAAGCGCUUUGCUGUCACUAUCUCCGAUGCGGCGUUCACCUGGCAAGUCGUUUCGAGGCCGGUGAAAAGUGUCGACAUCGUCAAGAAAAGGUUCCAGGGCGUUCCAAGCGAGCAGAAAUCCAAAGCAAGAGCCACCUGUAACGGCGAAAAUGGCGAGAGAGCUCUCAUUGAGGACGGCUAUUCAGGACCAGAAGAAGCCCUGCGAGAUAUUACAUUGCACAUAAAGAAGGGCUCCUUAAUAGGUAUUUGUGGUAGUGUCGGAAGUGGAAAAAGCUCGCUCUUGGCUGCUCUCUGCGGUGAUAUGAACUUAAUACGAGGGGAGAUUGACGUGAAUGGCAGCAUUGCUAUUGUCACUCAACAGGCAUGGAUCUUCAAUGCUACCAUAAGAGACAAUAUUCUCUUCGGCUUGCCAUUCUUGAAGUCGAGGUAUGACAUGGUUAUCGAUGCAUGCUGUUUGACCCCGGACCUGGAACGGCUGGGCUCUGGUGAUCUCACUGAAAUUGGAGAACGAGGUGUUACACUUAGUGGAGGCCAAAGGCAAAGGAUCAACAUCGCCCGAGCCCUCUACAGCGACCGCGACACUUACCUCCUGGACGAUCCUCUGUCUGCCGUUGACGCCAAGGUGGCCAACCACCUUUUCGAAAAGUGCAUUCAGUCUGCCAUGCAAGGGAAAACUGUUUUUCUCGUCUCGCAUUCCAUGCAUGUCCUAGAGAGAUGUCAGCAAAUCUUGUUCAUGAAGGGGGGCCGCAUCAUUGAACGAGGCACGCACGCGGCACUGAUGUCAUUCUCUGGAGAGUACCGCAAGAUGUUCCAGCUUGACACAGCUGGCAGGACAAAAGCCAAGGUGGAGUCUGGUGGAGGAGGAGAUGCUGGAGAAGAUGGCGUAAAUUCAAGCCCAAAUCAUGUGCAUAAAUAUAAGAGUGAAGAAGAAGAUAGCGUUCCAGGAAGUAAACUAGUCAAAGAAGAAGAACGUGCCGAAGGAAGUAUAUCAUGGGCGACGUACCGACACUUCAUACAAGCGUGCGGUGGGCCAUGUGCAGUACUGCUCUUGGCCCUCGCAUUCCUAGCAUUUGUUUCUGCCCAGAUGUUCACAUUCGUGUGGCUGCAGCAUUGGGUUGACAAGAUGAAAACAGUCACUCAUGCUAGCAAUCACACUUCACACAACGUGAGCAGUGCUGCUUCUAAUGAUACAAUACAAGAAAGUCAAGUGUUCUAUGGUACAGUUUAUGGCAUAACCAUACCAAUCAUGUUCAUCCUCGGAAUUAUAAAAGGGGCUUUGUGUACUCUAGUGCUCCUGUCUGCAGCAACAAAGCUGCACGAUCAGAUGUUUCACGGUGUCCUGCGAUCCCCCAUACAGUUCUUCGAUGCUACCCCAUCAGGGAGGGUCACAAACAGAUUUUCGAAAGACAUGGAUGAAGUUGACAUACGUGUGCCUUUCUUCAUGGAGAUGGUGUUGCAGAGCCUGCUUGCUGUCUUCCUUCAGCUUCUGAUCUCUGUCUUUGUUUACCAACUGUUCUUUGUGGUACUGGCUGUGAUUAUCGCUUUGUACGUACUGCUCGACCACUGGCUCAAUGUCGGUGUGCGAGAGGUGAAGCGCUUGGACAAUGUCGCUCGCUCCUCUGUGAUUGUGCAUCUCACUACAACACUCCAGGGUGUCUCUGUUAUACGGGUUUUCGAGUGCCAGAAGUGGUUCACAAACAAAAUGUACCAGCUGGUGAACAAACAUUCUGUAGCCCACCUAGUCUUUCAUUUAUGCUCACGGUGGUUCACGCUGAGGUUGGAACUUAUUGGAAUCUGCAUGGUGGCAACGGCUGCGCUUGUUGUCGUCCUCACCAGGAGUGUUGUCACUACAGGCAUGGCUGGACUUAUGCUGUCAACGAUAUGCUCGACGUGCACUUUCAUACCAUUCAUCAUGAGGUUGAAGUCAGAGUUGCUUGCCAGGUUUACCUCAGUGGAACGCAUUCAUGAAUACUGCCAGAACUUACCUGAGAAAGAAGUCUCGUCUCCUGGUCCAGCUGCAGCACCUCCUGGUGACUGGCCAAGGACAGGCGAGAUUAAAUACCAGGAUGUGUGCCUUAAAUAUCGAGCCGGCUUGCCGCUAGCUCUCAAGAAUGUUGCAUUUCAUAUCAAGGGAGGUCAGAAAGUUGGCAUUGUGGGCCGUACUGGUGCAGGAAAGUCCUCUAUCCUGGUAUCCUUGAUGAGGCUUCAGGAACUGGAGUCGGGGCAUAUAUACUUGGAUGACGUUGAUAUCGGCACAUUGAGGCUUAAACAACUCAGAUCAUCAGUUGCCGUUAUACCCCAGGACCCAGUCUUGUUUCAGGGAACGGUCAGAUAUAACUUGGACCCGUUAAACAAGAACUCGGAUGUUGACCUGUGGACGGCGUUGGAGAAAGCACACCUCAAGAUAAGAAUCCAGCGAGAGGAGAAACAGCUCGAAUGCGUUGUAGACAAGAACGGCGAAAACUUCUCUGUAGGGGAACGCCAACUAAUGUGUCUUGCGAGAGCACUUCUGCGCCGCAACAAGAUCCUCGUUUUAGAUGAAGCCACGGCAUCUGUUGAUGCGGAGACGGACCAACUUAUCCAGCAGACAAUACGCGAAGUUUUUGCAGAUUGCACCAUUCUUACAAUUGCACAUAGGCUAAACACAGUCUUGAAAUGUGAUAUUAUCCUGGUACUAGAAAAUGGGAAGGUGGUUGAAAUGGACAGCCCUUUCCAACUGGUUAAUGAUCCUAAGUCGAUAUUUUCAUCUAUGCUCAACGCUGUCGGAAUGACUGUGCCUGGAAACAGUACAUCAUCAUGAUACGGCGUCAAUGCUUAAGAUAUUCUUCUAAUGUGAUUUUAUAAAUGUAUUACUAUUUACUAUAGCUGUCGCCAUUCUAAGUGAGGUUCCUCAGCGGCGGCAGCUGGACGACUGUGAUACGGAAAUUAUUCACGAUACAUCUUAUUUGUUUGUUUCGCGUGUCUCCUUACUUGCUAAGGGCAGGGAUUGUUAUUUACAUAGUCUUUAUUGAAAUGCAUUUAACACAUUGUGUCUUUCAAAUAUUGCAAGAGAUCAUUUUUUUACGACGAUUCACCUCGUGGUGUCUGUCGAGGGCGCCUGCAAUGUUAUCCCGGUGGACAUUUGUGCACGUUAGCCUCCUGUAUGCAUGCUUGUAUUUUGUACGGGAGAGACCUUUGGGACGAAAUACUUCGCAGCCAGUGUCAGUUUUAUUUUGUGUCUUGACAUGAGUAUCGUUGCUGUGUGCUCUAUUAUUUUAUCGCUCGUUAUCCUAUUGGCCAGUAUUAGCUAUAAAAAUGGCACCUGAGAAUUUACUUGGGGAUACUAGUAUUGCUAGACUGGUGCUGUUGUGAGGCAGUGUUGUUCAUGUCGACAGAGUAUAUACAAUAAAGCGUUGGCUUUUA